CCUACUGCCUUGAGGUCGGGAUUCAAACUCCGUGGCUGUUAUUGUAGAAAAAAAAAAAGGAAAAAAAAAAACCCGAAAAGCCACCUCGCUUCCUCCUCUUCACGCACUGACGGUACCACGAACCUUCCGGCGACCCGUCCUCCUUCAGCAACUUCUUCCGACGCAAGGGGCGACACACACUCACGAAGCUGAAGCAUUCGAUUUGAGAGACGACGCGGGUUCCUUGCGUUCUCCGGCGACUGUGGCGCAGACCCACGGCGGCUCGAGGGCUCCAACGUCUGUUCCGUAACGUGGGACGACAGCUUUCGAACCCACGAACAGCGACGUGAGUUCCCCUGAAACUCUCAAAGAGGACGUAUAGGAAGUGGAAAAGUGGCAUCUAAAGCAGAGGCCAAUGUUUGGAUCUAGGUUUUCCAUUUUCGGAACCGGUGCUUCUGCUGAUAAGGUCGAGAAUUCGGCGAAGAGCGAGGUUUUUCCUGGCCUGAAACUUCGUUCUGAUAAAGAUGUGUAUAGGCCUGGCGAUCCGGUUGUUGUUACUAUUGAAAUUUGCUCCUCUGUCGCUCAAUUUGACUGCUCUCUUUUGAUCGAACGACUUAGUUUUGAGAUUAUUGGGCUCCAGAAGUUGGACGCUCAGUGGUUUAGCACUCAGAAGCCAAUCCCUGGAUCCAAACAACGGAGAGGUGAACAUGUGUUCAUGGACUGCUCGGUACAAUCAAUAGUUUCAAAUCAGAUAAUAUCUUCGGGGGCUACAAAGUCAUAUGUCGUUCGAUCAAUGCUUCCUACCUGCAUACCACCAUCUUACAAGGGUGCCACUAUUCGUUAUAUGUAUUAUGUUAAAAGUACAUUACUAGGACGAUGGCUAUCACAGGAAAAUGGUCGAUCUCAUAAAGAGUCGCUGAGGGAUCAAAUAGAAAUGGAAACUCGGGUUCCAUUACAAGUGUGGGUCACCCAGAAAACCAAUGGAAUGCUAAUGGAAGAAGGUCAAAAUGGUCAAAAUGACGCCUUUCAAAUGGAUGUAUUUUGGAAAGAGAUGGAAGGUGACACUGAUUGGAUCAGAGCAAAUGAUAUAUAUGAUGGCAUUGAUGAAGGAUAUGAUAGCUCAAGGGAUGAGAUAUCCUCUGUCUCGUCAUACAAUCCAACGAGAGAACCUUUUCAUAGAACCUUUGGAAGUUCACUGUCAUUGCAAUCAUCUGCUGGAAGAUCUGGAAGAUCUUCAAUAAAGGUUGCUCCUUUUAUUGAAGGAGAACGAUUAAGUUUAUCUUCUAAUGUUGCACGUCCUCGGGUCUCUGUUGCUGAGGUCCUAUAUGAAUCUACCGAUGUUGCAUCACCUCAGAAGUCAUUUGCAGCUGUCUCUCCCAGCCAGGUGUUGAACUUUGAGAAGAAUCAGUCAACGGAUGAUGAUGCUGGAGUCGCAUCUUCACCAAGGCCUAAAAUUAUCAAACCUGUAGCAUCGGAAGGCUUUAUUCGAGGAAGAUCCUACAAUAUCAGGGUAGAUGACCAAGUAUUGCUUAGGUUUUGCCCAAAAAAUUCUGAUUCAAACUAUUAUUUUAGUGACAUGAUUGGUGGAACUCUUACCUUUUUCCAUGAAGAAGGAAUGAGGAGAUGCCUUGAGGUGUCAAUAACGUUGGAGACUUCAGAGACUGUAUCUCGCCGUUUCAUCCAUCCUUCUCGGAGGAAUUCUCCAACAAUUGUGAAGGUUCAAAGUGAUCAUUAUGAGGUUGUUGCUGAUUUAAUUCAGACGAGCUUUCUUUUCUCAAUUCCCAUGGAUGGGCCGAUGUCCUUCUCCACUCCACACGUAUCUUUGCAGUGGGCACUUCGCUUUGAAUUUUUUACCACCCCCAAGAAUGUGAAUUGGACCAGAUAUGAGCAUCCUCUCAUGAUAGAAGGAAGAGAAAAAAGCGAAUGGAUUCUUCCAAUCACUGUUCAUGCACCUCCAUCUAGCGCUGCAACUGCUCAGAAUCGAAAUGAUAGGCCUUUCUCUUUGGAGCCGAUGUGGAUGCACAACUGAUGAGGUUCAUGUAAAUGAAGGGCUUGUAGAUUUUCUCCAGCAAUUUUCACAUUCCAUCAAUGCCUUGCUGCCUGGGAAUUUUUUUGAAGAAACUGAUGUCCAGCAAAUGCAAAUGUCAAACUGAAGCGCCGAAGAAGAUGGUGACGAUGAGAGUGUAGGUAGGCCAUUGACGUUGCAAGUUGGCCGCUACAUGUUGCAAUUUAUUACCACAAUCUUCAAAUUAUUUUCCUAAGUUAUGCUAAGAUAUGACAUUCUUGUGUCUCUAAUUCAAAAUGUGAAUCUGGUUUUUACUUCUGACAUGCAAUAGAAAUUCCCAACAUUCUUUUGAAACUCCUGUAUGUGUUUAAAUUCUUUAUAUAUAUAAAUAUAUAUUCCGAUUCCUUGCACCAA